AUGUCCGCGACCUCCACUCUCCGCAAUGGAAACGGACAGUUCCACGACGAAGAGUCUAUUCUCGAGGGUGUCUAUGGAGAAGUAUCGACUGGCGAGAUGCUCGCAGUUAUGGGCCCAUCAGGUGCAGGAAAGUCCACGCUCCUCGACCUUUUGGCCCGUAGGACCACGCCGAGCGCCGGAAACGUCUCACUCAAUGGAGAGAAAAACUUCGACAUCAAGCCCCUGGCAUCCUACGUUGAACAGAGUGAUGCGCUUUUGGGCGUGCUUACAGUGAAAGAAACCCUGUACUUUUCUGCUCGCCUCAGCUUGGAUCCCUCGACUCCGGCCGAUGUCAUCCAUAAGCGCGUCGGGGCCACCCUUCGUGACCUUGGCCUCACCGAAGUGGCCGACAACCGCAUCGGGACCGCGAUUCAACGCGGAGUGUCGGGCGGUCAGAAGCGCCGCGUGACUAUCGGCGCAUCGCUCGUCACUCUCCCUCGAAUUCUCUUCCUUGACGAACCGACUAGCGGCCUAGAUUCCCGGACAAGCACCGAAGUGCUGUCUGCGAUCAAAACAUUUGCACAGCGUCAUGGAGUGAUAGUGAUUGCGACGAUCCAUCAGCCGAACUGGGAGACGUUCUCUCUCUUCGACAAGCUGCUCCUUCUCGCCCAUGGAAAAGAAGUAUACUAUGGCCCCAUUAGCCGCCUGGACGCAUAUCUCGCCGAUGGCCUCACCCAUCCCGUCCCUGUUCACGCAAACCCCUCCGAUCACGCGCUCGAUGUCGUCAACACGGACUUUAUGGCUGACUCGGACGAAGCCCUCACACACGUCACACACAUCGAACAAGCAUGGAGAGACUACGCCGCUCGCAAUCCACAAUAUCAUAUGCUCAAUGCGCGCUCCGGCGAGAGCGCCCUCCAAAUGCAGCCGGGUACCAAGUAUGUUCAAGGUUUCAAGGUCGGAUUGAGCAGGACGUGGUACCUCAUCCAGCGGAACUGGAUCAACUACAGCCGCAACUUGCUCGCUUAUGGCGUGCGGCUGGGAAUGUACCUCGGAAUGGGCAUCUUGCUCGCCACCGUUUGGGUCAAUCUCCCUCAGACCUCUGCCAAAAUCAACGACCGCCUUUCCGUUCACUUCUUCUCCGUCGCGUUUCUCGGUUUCAUGUCCGUCGCUGGCAUCCCCGCCUUCCUCGAGGAACGCCAGGUCUUCAUCCGCGAGCGCCUCAACGGUCAGUACGGCGCUGGGCCCUACGUCCUCGCCAACUCUCUCGUCACGCUCCCCUACCUGUUCGCCUGUGCGCUGCUCUUCGCGGUGCUCAGCUACUGGUCGAUCGGGCUCCACCCGGGUGCGGGCCCUUUCUUCCGCUUCCUCGGGAUCCUCUUCCUCGCUGUGUACGCGGCCGAGAGCCAGUCUGCGCUGAUCGCGGCGAUGGUGCCGAUCUUCGUCGCGGCGCUCGCCCUCGCGAGCUUCCUGAACGGGUUCUGGAUGUGCGUCGGCGGGUACUUCAUCAAAGCGGUCAACCUGCCACGCUUCUGGUAUUACUGGGCGCACUUCAUCGACUUCCAGACGUAUGCUUUCGAUCUGCUGGUGUAUAACGACCUCAGGGGCCUGACGUUCGCGUGCGAGACGCUCGCCGACGGGUCAUGCUUCUGCGAUUACCCGUCUUCGCUUAUCGCGCAAGGCCAAUGCGCGCUUGCUGGGGAAGAUGUGCUUAAUUGGCUCGACAUCAACGGGAUCUCGUUCAAGCUGUACGCGUCUAUUCUCCUGAUGAUCGCCCUGGUCUACCGCCUUCUUUUGUUCAUCGUUCUCUCUGUGAAGAAGCGGUAG